GGAAAUAACAAAAAAAAAAAAAAAAAACGACAGAGUCACACUGAAGUCAUACUAAAGUCACACAUAUAUAUAUGUCCUUGAGCCAACAUUUCAUUAACACCACCACCUUUUUGCCACCGUCCUCCGCCGUACUCCCCCGCACUCCGGCGAAGAAACAUACAAAAUUUAACUUUUUGUGUAAAACAAAAAAAUGAACCACCAAAACCACCACCGUCCGGCGAUCAAACACGGCGUCAGCAGCGGCGCCUCCGCCGUCAGCGGCGGGGGAAGUGGAGGAGAAGUUCAUUUCCGAUUACUCUGCCACGUCAACACAGCUGGCGGAGUAAUCGGAAACUCAGGCGGUUUAAUCCGGCAGCUGGAAGCUCAAACCGGGUGUAAAAUCCGGCUCGAAGACCCGUUACCACAUUGGCACGAACGGGUCAUCAACAUCAUUGGUGACUCAAUUAUCGAUAGAAAAAUCAUGAUGAAGUGUGAUAAUAGUAGUGACGAAGUUGAACUAGUAGAAGUCUCGAGAGCACAAGAAGGUUUGGUUCGUGUUUACGAACGUAUUUUACAGAUUGAAGGAAGUGGUGGAGCUGAAAAAAACGGGUCAGUUGGGUGUAGAAUGCUUGCAAUUUCGAGUCAAAUUGGUGCAUUAAUAGGAAAAGGUGGUGUCAUUGUUGAUGGUAUAAGGAAAAGUACUGGUGCGAAGAUUAAGGUUUUGAAUAAGGAGCAACUUCCACCUUGUGCUGUACCGGAAGAAGAGUUGAUUCAGAUAAUGGGUGCAAUUGUUGCAGUAAAGAAAGCACUAGUUCAUGUUUCUCGACGUCUUCAAAUUCGCUUACCAGCUGAGAGAAACACACCCCACGUUACUUCAAAAGGUGCAUUGCAUGAACAAUCUGUGGACUUUCCUUUGGAUGCAAAAUCCUCAAUACAACCGUUAGCGAGAAAUGCUGUUAAUCAUUCUCCAGUUGCCCAUUCAUUAUCAUCCGAUUUUGAUAGCGCAUUGAAUCUGGAUGCUGACUGUGCUCAAAGAAAAGUAGUCUUUAGAUUGCUUUGCUCUUACGUCGCUGCUGGAGGUGUGAUUGGCAGGGGUGCUAAUAUUGUGAAAGGUUUAGAGAAAGAUACUGGCGCUUCUAUAAAGUUUUCCACUCCAGCACUACGGUCAAAAGAACGUGUUGCCACCAUAUCUUCGCUUGAAACACUGGAGCCAUUAUACUCGCCUGCACAAGUUGCCACAAUUCGAGUGUUUGAAAGAUCUGUAGAUGUUAUCCGUGAACAUGGAUUUAUUAAGGAUGGCUCAAUAAGUGCAAGAAUCUUAGUCGGGCCGCGUGAAAUUAAGUGCCUCCUCGAUGAAAGAGGAAGAUUUUCAUCGGAUGUAGGUUCUACAACGGGGGUUGAAGUACAGCUAUUUGGUGCAGAGCACGCUCCGAACUGUGCUGAAGAGCAUGACACAGUGGUGCAGAUCAUUGGCGAGCAUGAUAAUGUGAAGAAUGCCCUUUUUCAACUUACUGGUAAGCUGAGGGAAAUGGUCUUUUCCAGCUUGGUUUCUGAAGGAGCAGCACCUAAAAACUAUUCAGGUUCUUCGCACUCCCAUGGAGGUCAACAUGAAUUUGGUAUUAGUAUGCCUUCUCAGUCGCCAGAUCACUUGUCCAGCUUUUCUUCUCAUUACCAAACAGAUCACCUUGGUUUUGGGCCAAAACUUGGCGGUCCUCAUACAAUGUUACCUGACAAACAGUCCAAGGAUAGAAAGAAUACCAAGAUGAGCAAGCCGAUCAAACAAAGCAUGAGUAGCUGGAAGAGUUCUCAUGGUGAAAUCGAGAGUGGAAGGAUGCAGGAGGCCGGGGCAGCAAAAAAAACCGUCGUGAAAAAUGUUUCAGAACAAAACUUUAAUUCUGUUUAUGGCGAGAAUGGUUCUAAUUUGACUCGACUGAAAGAGAUCUCUGGAGCCGCAGUCAUCCUACAAACUCCCGGUCCUGGAGAAUGUGAUGGAAAAGUGAUCAUAUCCGGUACACCUGAACAAAUCCAGAUGGCAGAGAGCCUUCUUCAAGCCUUCAUCCUCGCGUAAUCAAAACCACCAGCGCUCCUGGACAUAAGACUGACCAGAAUGUAGUUGCGACACCAUCUGUCUAUGAGUUUAUAUCUUCUUCGUCGCUAGGAAACAGUAAUGGUGCAUAUGGUGACCUGUAAGUAUGAUGCAUGCUCCAUAUAUAUAUGUUGUCUAGCUUGCUUGCGUUGGAAAUUAGACGUUAGACUUUGGGAAAUACAGCGAUAAAGCCGUUGUAUUAACACCAGAUGGUACUAGGCGUGGUGUACCAUCUUUUAUAGAAGCGGAUUUAGAACUUAAACUUGAUGAGUUCAAAAUGUAAAGCUCUUAGCAUUGAGCUCAUUGCAUAUAUGCAAGUAUGGGUUUAGAACUUACGGUUGUUCGAAAUUUUAGUGAUUUUAACGUAUGUA